GGGUUAUGCGUCAGUUUCCGAAAGGUGGGGACAUUUCCUGAGCCUUUGCAACGCUGGGGAGCUGUCUCAAGGGAGGCUGGACCCCAUUCUGCGCAGCAGGCUGGGAACGUGAAGGCCGGGCUGCCUGCUGGGGAGGAACCCCAGUCACUGUCUCCCCGUCUCCUGCCAGCGCUCAGCCUCCUGGUGCCCACCUGACCAUGUCCCUGGCUGAGGCCAUCAGCCUCUGGAAUGAAGGGGUGCUGGCAGCCGAUAAGAAGGACUGGAAGGGCGCUCUGGACGCCUUCUCCGCAGUCCAGGACCCCCACUCCAGGAUCUGUUUCAACAUCGGCUGCGUGCACACCAUCCUGGAGAACUGGGCGGCGGCAGAGAAGGCCUUCUCCAGAACCAUUAACCGGGACAAGCACUUGGCAGUGGCCUACUUCCAACGAGGGAUGCUCUACCACCGGCUGCAGAAGUAUGAUUCAGCGAUUACAGACCUGAAAGAGGCCUUGACUCAGCUUCGAGGGAACCAGCUGAUAGACUACAAGAUCCUGGGGCUGCAGUUCAAGCUGUUUGCCUGCGAGGUGUUGUACAACAUCGCUCUCAUGCACGCCAAGAAGGAGGAGUGGAAAAAGGCUGAGGAACAUCUAGCACUGGCUCUGAGCAUGAAGUCCGAGCCCAGACACUCCAAAAUCGACAAAGCCAUGGAGUGCGUGUGGAAACAGAAGCUGUAUGAGCCCGUGGUGGUUCCCGUGGGCAGGCUCUUUCGCCCGAACGAGAGGCAGGUGGCCCAGCUGGAGAAGAAGGAUUACCUCGGCAAGGCCACGGUGGUGGCGUCUGUGGUGGAUCAAGACAGUUUCUCGGGCUUCGCGCCCCUGCAGCCACAGGCAGCUGAGCCUCCACCCAGACCCAAAACCCCAGAGAUCUUCAGGGCUCUGGAAGGGGAGGCUCACCGCGUGCUGUUCGGGUUUGUGCCCGAGACGCCAGAGGAGCUGCAGGUCAUGCCCGGGAACAUCGUGUUUGUCCUGAAGAAGGGCAAUGAUAACUGGGCUACGGUCAUCUUCAACGGGCAGAAGGGGCUCGUUCCCUGCAACUACCUCGAGCCAGUGUCGCUGCGGAUCCACCCUCAGCAGCAGUCCCAGGAGGAAGCCUCCCCGGAGUCUGAGAUCCCCGAUCCGCCCAUUUCCAGUGCUCCGGGAAGACCCCAGCUGCCCCCAGGUCAGAAAGAAAAAGAAGAGUCCAAGGAAGUCAAGCUCAGUGUUCCCAUGCUCUACACGCUCAAGGUGCACUACAAGUACACGGUGGUCAUGGAGACUCAGCCCGGACUCCCCUACAGCCAGGUCCGGGACAUGGUGUCAAAGAAACUGGAGCUCCUGCCAGAGCACACUAAGCUGAGCUAUCGGCCCGGGGACAGCCGCGACCUGGUGCCCCUUUCAGAAGACAGCAUGAAGGAUGCCUGGGGCCAAGCGAAGAACUACUGCCUGACUCUGUGGUGUGAGCACACGGUGGGUGACCAAGGCUUUCCAGAGGAACCCGAGGAAAGUGAAAAAUCUGAUGCUAGUGGCCAGACGCCAGAACCUCCGCUUAAGGAGGGGAGCCGAGUGGUGGCGCUCUUCAGUUACCAGGCCGCGCAACCAGAGGACCUGGAGUUUCUGGAAGGCGACAUAAUCCAAGUUGUAUCCAUGGUGAACGACGAAUGGCUGGAAGGGACGUGCAAGGGGAAGUUCGGCAUCUUCCCCAAGGCGUUUGUGGAACAAGCAGCUGCAGGCCUGGACAGCACCCCCAGAGGAGUCUAGGAGGCCUCAUGCCUUGAAGCUGAGCACAGAACCAUGUCAUUGGGGAAGCUGACGCCUUUGUGGUACUGUACCGAGACCCUAUGGUCUGGAACUGUCAACGAACCGACUUUUCCCUGUUAAAAUUUAACCUGUUAGACAAUGAUGUGAGAAUCUAGGACUGUGAACACCUGGGGGUGGGGAGGGUAAGUGGUUGGAGCGUCUUCCUGGGUGCGGAUGUGUCUUACUCAGAGUGCCGGCUGCCCAGAUGUGCUCACUCUGUGCACGUUUCACUGAGUUGUAGUUAUUAUCGGUGCACUUCUCUGUACGUGUGAUAAAAAUAAAACCCCAAGACACCCAGAA